UCAUCCCGAUCUUUCAGUGAGCUUAACGAACUGUGAAUUAAUUGCCAUCGUGGAAGUUGCUGAAAAUGGAGCCUUUUGUCCUGAAAAUUGCUGUUCUUAUUUUUUUCAUUUGCUUCAAUAUCAUCACUCUUUCGAAAAGUGCACCUGUAGGAGAACAGUACAGAACCACUUUAGCAGAAUGGACAGAUUAUAAUGCCUUUGAGCCGCAAGGUCCUGGAACGUAUAGUUUUGGAUACGAUAUCGAGGACCCUGAAAAGGACAAUAUUCAGUUCAGGGACGAGGAACGUUUUCCUAACGGUACUAUCAAGGGCAGUUAUGGUUACCUUCGACCCGAUGGAAUGGUACAAAUUGUUCAUUAUACCGCUGACGAAAACGGAUACAGGGCGAAAUUUGAGAGCUACCCUCGUGGUCAGCUGAAACCUUUGAGAAAUACUAACAAGAUAAAUGAGGAACCCUUAUCUUCCGCUUUGAGAGCAGCUAUUCAAUCGAAAAACGUUUUCAAAAGACAACAUGUCCAUGAGCAGCGACUAAGGCCAGUAGAUACAAAAUCUCCACCAAGUACGAGUAUACUACCUUCAAAUACUUUUACAGAUAACGGUAACGACGUCUAUAAUAAGAAAAUUGCAGGUUUUUCGAACUUUAAAUAUACGUAAAUGAUGAUAGUACAUACUAUAUUAAUUAGGUUUUUGAUUUAUGUUUAAUUU